ACAGAGAUGGAAAUGGAAGGAGGAAAGGAGAAGAAGAUUUUUGAGAUUAGGAGAUUAGAGAUUUCUGAUAAAUCAAAGGGUUUCAUUGAAUUACUGCAACAAUUAAGUGUAUGUGAUUCAAUUUCAGAUGAAGAAUUCAAGGAGAGAUUUGAAGAUUUAAGUGUGAAUGGAGAGAAUCAUAUGAUUUAUGUGAUUGAAGAUGAAGAGAAGAAGAAGAUCAUAGCAACUGCUUGUUUAUUCAUAGAGAAGAAGUUUAUAAGGAACUGUGGGAAAGUAGGACAUAUUGAAGAUGUUGUUGUGGAUUCAAAUGCUAGAGGAUUGAAAUUGGGGCAGAAAAUUGUUGAGUUUGCUAGUGAUAAAGCUAGAUCUAUGGGUUGUUAUAAAGUUAUACUUGAUUGUGGUGAACAGAAUGUUGGGUUUUAUGAGAAGUGUGGGUUUCAACAGAAAGGAAUUGAAAUGGCUAUGUACUUCAAUUAAAAAUGAAAAAUUUAUCUUUAUGGAAUGAAUGCAUUUUGUUUCUUUGGUCACUGAUCUUAUUUGUUUUUCCUUAAUCUGGUGUAGUAUGUUUCUUGAUUUCUCUAAUCUAAUUUCAUUUUUGGACCCUCAUCUCAUUCUGCGGACAUUCACUUCACUGCAGCUCAGACUGAAUCGGCGAGGAAUCUCUGCGUGCCUUUUUCCUUAUCUGGUGUGGCUAUUGUUGGCCAUAUCUUGUCGUUUCCCAUUUUGGGGGCCUGCAGUCCUAGGGCCUGGAAUGGGCAGGGUAUUAACAAGAAGUUGCCACACAAUAUGCUGGUGUUAAUUCAGAUCUCGCUUUCUUGCAUUACCUGGGGGUUCCAACUAUACUGUCAGAGAAAUUCUCAAUUCUCAAUUCCUAUUUCUAACCAAGAAUGAGCUUCUUCUGCCUUGUCUUGAAAGCAGUCAAUGCGGUCUAACAAAUGUAUAGUUGUACUUGUAUUGGUUGACAUAAAGUCAUACUUGAUUGUGGUGAACAGAAUGUUGGGUUUUAUGAGAAGUGUGGGUUUCAACAGAAAGGAAUUGAAAUGGCUAUGUACUUCAAAGUAAAUCUGAAAUUUAUCUUGAUGAAAUGAGUUUUGUUUCUUUCGUCAUU